CGCGCCGUGCCGCGCCGCGCCGCGCGGCGCCGCGCGGCGCCAUGGCCGAGGCGGAGGGCGCCAGGAGUGCCGCCAGGAACCCCACAGCGCGGCAGCGCUGGGGCAAGGCCGGCGCCCUCGCCAAGAACAUGGUCCGGCAGGCAAAGGUCGUGGCGGACGUGACCUCGGCCUUGGCUGCCGAGUCAGGCGAGUGGCCGUUCUACCUCACAGCGCCGAGGGGCGGGGCCAAGAUCUACACGACGUCAGAGAUGGUGGACCAGUUCAUCGACGACGAUGUGAUGCAGCAGCUGGAGAACAGGUGCGUGUGCGCGCUGGACGUGGACGACGAAGUCCUCGACCUGCUCAAGACCAUGGGGGAGUCCACGGUGGACGUGGUCUUCGACGCGCACGCCCAGGUCAUCGAGUUCCUGAGGGCCCGCCGCGCGGCCUCGGCGCGCAAGAGCCUGGACGUGGGGCUCGCCAACCGCAGGACGAGCCUCGCCCUGGCCCAGGAGGAGCGGGACCGCCUGCAGGAGCAGGCGGAGGCGCGCGACGAGGACGACAACGACGUGGACCACGAGCUGCUGGCGCUGGAGGAGGACAUGGACGCGCAGACGUCGGGCAGGUCGGGGAAGGCCCAGAUGUUCUCUGGCCGCUCGACCUCCAUGGAGAGCAUGGGCUCCACGUCGGCGACCUCUCGCUCUACGGGACGUGCCCGUGCACAGAGAGCAGGUCGGCGCAAUGGGCUAGGUGGCGGGGCCGCGAUAGGCUGGCAGGGUGGGCGGGUUCUUUUUCUGUCGCUGCCGCCCCGUCACUGUACACUGCAUCGCUCCGCUCCGCCUCAGGUCUCUUCGUCGACCAUGUUCGUUCCACGCCGCACCGUAACUAGCAGUUUGACCCGGCGAGUCCCUAGGGGGCGAACAGCGUAGACUCCUUUUUUUCCCCCGCUUGAGACUCCAUCCGACCCAAGUGGGUGGGAUGGGCAGGAAGUCAGAUACAGUCGGGGCCCUGAAGAAGGAACCCAUUUGGUUGGGGAGGG